UCUUUUACGCUGUUCUCGAGGUCUCUGCAGAACUGUCAGUCACCUGAUUACAUCUAGACUUAACUGUAUUUGUAGUUAACCAUUUCCGGGUUCCGUGUUUAUUAAAUAGGGGCACUCCAGGGUACUCUCAAUCUCCAUGUGGCUUUCAGUAGAAUGUGAUUGUUCUUGCCGGGCUAUUAAGUUUAUGGCAUAAACUUCCACAAGAAGUUCUGCAAGUUUCCUCCAGUCUUUGCAACUGAAUUUUCUCCUCCAUCUUUUUAUUAUUUUUUGAGGAAUAUUGAAAGUAGAAGGUGGAAUGAUUUGGUGUGCUAACAAAAUCCUUUUAAAGUGUAGAGUAUCUGCAUUUUUUCAGCAUUAGGGUAUCAGAAGUCUAGAAUUGUUUCUUAAUUAAACGUUUUUCUAAGUGAAUUGAGAUAGUUUGGAACUUGGAGGAGGCAGCAUUUCAAAAUAAUUUAGCAUUAUUUUUACCUAAUUACUUAAAACAUAGAUUAAGUCUAAUGUUAACUUUUUCUCUUGAAAAAAAAAGAACAGUCUUCAAAAAUUAUGUUGUUUCUCCACCUUUGUGUAAUGAUGUGUAUACAAAGAAAUGAGAUGGAACCUUGUUUUUUUCUGUUUUGUAAUCAUACACCAUAGGCCCUGAUUGAUUACGAAGCGCAAUUAAUCAAGGCAUAAUGACAUGGCAAGAUUCUUUUAUUUGUAACUUUGAGCGUGGCAAAAUAUCGUUAGAGUCACGUUUUUUCAGAUUAAUGACACCAUAAUGACUUCUUUUUCCAUAUUCUACCUUUUUUGGUGUGGGACGUUUUUCCUUCCGGUUGGAAAACUCAAAAAUAAACUGAAAUCAUUGUGACUUCAGCAGGUCAUCGUAACUCAACAUUGUCACUAGUUAAUUUUAAUUUUUAUAUAUGCAUUGUAUGCCAGAAAUGCUACCUUUUUAUUCCAUUUUAGCAGUAGAAUAUCUGUGUUGACUUUAGGAAGAGGCCUCAGACAAUGAUACACACCUGUGAUUUUUGUUUUAACAUUUUAAUUUCAAGGAUUGCUGUGAACUUCCAAAGUAAAGCACAAUGUUAAUCAUUUAGUCUGAAAACUAAUUUUAAUUCCGUGCUUCAUUUUUGCCCCCUGCACCACAAGGACUUUGGCCCAUUUCUUUUUUAGAUGAUAGUUAAUAUUGGUCAUUAAUGUUUGAAGUGGAAGGGAUAUGGCAAACAUUCCCCAAUGAUCACAGUUGUUGGGUAUCAGGUCUUCAUCAGUCACGCUUUCUCACCAGUGAUGUUCUUAUUAAUACAACAGCGUUCUAAGUACAAGGCUUUGAAGGGCAGGUUUUAUGAGACUGAUAGGAAGCAAAUUUAUUUUCAUGUUCAUUUCAAAUGUUUUGUGGGGAAUUUCAGUAGAGAUGUUAGUAUUUUUGCACACAUGUAGAAAAGACAGUGCUAGAAAGAUUUAGUUCUGCACUUGGGGCCUAGAUCUGCAGCACAUAAAGUUGCCAAGAAGUGUAUUAGAAGCGGUAAAGUGUUGGAAGGGGGCAGAAUAACGUCAGUUAAAUAAAUGGUGCUUCUAAAGUAUGAUAAAGUCCUUCAUUUAAUCUUAUAUUUUUGUUAUGUGCUAGAACAUCAUAUGAAGAUACCAUCUCUUGCCUUAAGGAUUUCAUAUGCUUUUAGGAGAAACAAGCAUAAAAACAAAAAAGCUAUACUAUUAUAAUUUAGGUAUUUGUAAAAAUAUGUAUAAUACGAUAUUAGGGUACAGGACAUCAACUCAUUUUUAAUUUCAAGGCCUUCUUCAUGGGUCCAGCAUGAUCAGACAUCACGUUGAGCCAUGUGACAGAUGGUUCAGAAAGGGAAGAGUUGAUUAUAAACAAGGCUAAUCUAGUAAUUUAAGCAAGAGAAAGUGGCUACCUGGUGCGGUAGGGUCUGAAACACAUUUUAGAUGUAGUUAUAAAUGUAGAGUUAACAGGAAUCUUGGCAAAAUAUAGAAUGUGAGGAAAAGGAAAGACUCGUAAGAUAACUCCCAGAUUUCUGGCCUGUGGUUCAUACUAGGUACUGUUAAGUAAGAUUGGGAAUAUAGGAACAAACAGUAUAUUUGUUUUGAGUGGAAAAUAGUCAGCUUUGGACAUUUUUAAUAUGAGGUACCAGCAGAGUUUAUGAGUAGCUGUAUCAAAGAAGCAUUUAAACAUAGAUCUCUGGAUCUCAGAGAGAAGCCAGGGUUGGAAAUUCAGGUCCAUAUUUCCAGCUGCACAUCAAAGGGGUGAGUCAGCUUCAGCACACCAUAUACCCUAGCAGUAUUUCUAAUGAGUUGAAUAAUGACGGCUAACACACUAUGGACUGUCAUAUGCCAGGCACUUUUACUUUUAUUCUUACAGUCCUAACAAAAAUCCUGUGAUAGGCACAUUUUUAACUCCUCCCACUUUUGAAGGUACAGAAUCUAAAGCUCAGAAAAGUUAAACAAAUUGCCCAAGACUCCUCAGCUAAUGAGUAGCAAAGCCAGAUGUUGAAUUCAUACCUGUCAAAAUUCCAAAGCAUAGAGAAAGCAUUAUGCUAUACUGCUUUCUUAUUAUAUUACCUAUCAUUUUAUUGAGUCCGUUUACUAAAUUACUGCUUGGCAGUUUACUAAAUUACAAACAUCUCAGAAGAAGGUGACUUUGGGAAAGCGUGACCUUCUGGAGAAAUGUUUUGAUGUCAAUAAAAGGAAAGAUAUUUUCUAGAAGUUUUAUGUAUGCUGUAUGUAUGUGUAAAUAAGCAUUAUUUGUAAUUUUUUCCCACACUUUUUCUAUAAGAUUUUCAGUUUUGCUCAUAAAGUUUGUCAAUACCACCAUCCAUUUCAAAAAUCGUAUCCAAGCAGAAGGUGAGUGAUUGCAAGCUGAAGUUUGAGGGAGGAUUAGUUUAUUUGGUUCAUCUGGAUAUCAGGACUUGAUACAGCAAGCAAAAGACAGAACAAGAAUCCAGGGAAACAGCAAAGUUAACUCAGAAAGCACUGAAUGCAGCAAAGUAACAAUGGAUCUCAAAUUCAACAAUUCCAGGAAAUAUAUUUCUAUCACUGUGCCAUCCAAAACCCAAACAAUGUCACCACACAUCAAGUCAAUUGAUGACAUUGUGGUUCUUGGCAUGAAUCUCAGCAAGUUUAACAAAGUUACUCAAUUUUUCAUAUGUGUUGCUGGAGUUUUUGUAUUUUACCUAAUUUAUGGAUAUUUGCAGGAAUUAAUAUUUUCAAUGGAGAGUUUUAAGUCCUAUGGCUGGUACCUUACUUUAGUGCAGUUUGCCUUUUACUCCAUAUUUGGCCUAAUAGAACUUCAGCUUAUUCAGGACAAAAGGAGGAGAAUACCAGGAAAAACCUACAUGAUAAUAGCUUUUCUAACUGUGGGUACUAUGGGAUUAUCAAACACUUCCUUGGGCUACCUGAAUUACCCUACCCAAGUCAUCUUCAAGUGCUGCAAAUUGAUUCCUGUUAUGCUAGGAGGAGUUUUUAUUCAAGGAAAGCGUUACAAUAUUGCAGAUGUGUCUGCCGCCAUAUGUAUGAGCCUCGGUCUGAUAUGGUUUACCCUCGCUGACAGCACAAUUGCACCAAAUUUCAACCUGACAGGUGUGGUGCUUAUUUCCCUGGCACUAUGUGCAGAUGCUGUCAUUGGAAAUGUUCAAGAGAAAGCUAUGAAACUUCAUAAUGCUUCUAAUUCUGAAAUGGUGCUGUAUUCGUACUCAAUCGGUUUUGUGUACAUUUUACUGGGAUUAACAUGCACUAGUGGAUUAGGCCCUGCAGUAACAUUUUGUGCAAAGAAUCCAAUUCGGACCUAUGGUUAUGCGUUCCUUUUUUCCCUUACUGGAUAUUUUGGAAUCUCCUUUGUUCUGGCUUUGAUUAAAAUUUUUGGUGCACUUAUUGCUGUCACAGUGACAACAGGAAGAAAAGCAAUGACCAUUGUACUUUCGUUUAUAUUCUUUGCUAAACCAUUCACAUUUCAGUAUGUAUGGUCUGGUCUGUUAGUUGUCCUUGGUAUAUUUCUCAAUGUUUACAGCAAAAAUAUGGAUAAAAUAAGACUACCAUCACUGUAUGAUUUGAUAAACAAAUCAGUGGAAGCAAGAAAGUCAAGGACGUUGGCACAAACUGUGUAGACAGUGAUUUGUUCUAUAUUAAUUUUAAGGGAACAAUCAUCAAUUAAUUAACUUGCCAAAGGGACUGAUAAAAAACCAAAGGAUCUGGAGGCAUUGCUAUCCUGUUUGUGGAUAGAUGACAUAUGACGUUGUUUGUGGUGUCAGCCUUUUCUUCAGAGCACUUAUUUGACUUCUGAAGCAAUCAAGAGAGCUGUGUCUAGCACACUUUACAGUUAAACGUCAAUAUGAAGGAUUGUACUUCCUAGCAGUUUAUUGAGAAUUUCACUGGAAAUGGACCAUGUAUUGCAAGACUAAUUGGCUAUAAUUUUGACAUAUCAAAGAAAUUGCUAUGUAAUAGCAGAUUGUUUUAUAUUCAUUCCAUUUUGAUGCUGUUAUUUAAAUUGAUUCUCUGUUAUAAGAGUAAACCAAUGAGUUGUCUGGACAGAAAACAUUCAUUAUAAAUAAAAUUAUUCUGUGAUCUUUUUUCAA